GGCGGGGGCUGGGACCGCCAGUCAUUCUCCGUGCGAGAGCCGGGGCGGGAGGCAGGCGGGACCCAGCCCCGCCGCCAGCGGCACUUUUGUGGGGCCGUCGCCUCUCCGCUCUCCCUUUCUCCGCGGGGUUUGGCCGCGGGGCGGGCGAUGCUCCGCGCUCCGUGAGCCGCGCACCGCGCACCGCCUCCGCCGGCCGAGCCGCCCCGCUCAGAGCCCCGCACGAUGCCGCGGAGGGGCGCGGAGGGGCCGCUCGCUCUGCUGCUGGCGGCCGCGUGGCUGGCACAGCCGCUGCGAGGCGGCUACCCCGGGCUGAACAUGUUCGCCGUGCAGACGGCGCAGCCCGACCCCUGCUACGACGAGCACGGGCUGCCCCGCCGCUGCAUCCCCGACUUUGUCAACUCGGCCUUCGGGAAGGAGGUGAAGGUGUCGAGCACCUGCGGGAAGCCGCCGUCGAGGUACUGCGUGGUGACGGAGAAGGGCGACGAGCAGGUCCGCUCGUGCCACCUCUGCAACGCCUCCGACCCCAAGCGCGCCCACCCGCCCUCCUUCCUCACCGACCUCAACAACCCGCACAACCUGACGUGCUGGCAGUCCGACAGCUACGUGCAGUACCCGCACAACGUCACCCUCACGCUGUCCCUCGGCAAGAAGUUCGAGGUGACCUACGUCAGCCUCCAGUUCUGCUCACCCCGGCCGGAGUCCAUGGCCAUCUACAAGUCCAUGGACUACGGCAAGACGUGGGUGCCCUUCCAGUACUACUCCACGCAGUGCCGUAAGAUCUACAACAAGCCGAGCCGCGCCGCCAUCACCAAGCAGAACGAGCAGGAGGCUCUGUGCACCGACGGCCUCACCGACCUCUACCCGCUCACCGGCGGGCUCAUCGCAUUCAGCACGCUGGACGGGCGGCCCUCGGCUCAGGACUUCGACAGCAGCCCCGUGCUGCAGGACUGGGUGACGGCCACCGACAUCAAGGUGACCUUCAGCCGCCUGCACACCUUCGGCGACGAGAACGAGGACGACUCCGAGCUCGCCCGCGACUCCUACUUCUACGCCGUGUCCGACCUGCAGGUCGGCGGGCGCUGCAAGUGCAACGGGCACGCGUCCCGCUGCGUCCGCGACCGAGACGACAACCUGGUGUGCGACUGCAAACACAACACGGCCGGGCCCGAGUGCGAUCGCUGCAAACCCUUCCACUACGACCGGCCGUGGCAGCGGGCGACCGCCCGAGAGGCCAACGAAUGCGUGGCCUGCAACUGCAACCUGCAUGCACGGCGCUGCCGCUUCAACAUGGAGCUGUACAAGCUGUCGGGCAGAAAGAGCGGCGGGGUUUGCCUCAACUGCAGGCACAACACGGCCGGGAGGCACUGCCACUACUGCAAGGAGGGCUUCUACCGUGACCUCAGCAAGCCCAUCUCCCACCGCAAGGCCUGCAAAGAGUGUGAUUGCCAUCCCGUGGGCGCUGCCGGCCAAACCUGCAACCAGACCACAGGGCAAUGUCCGUGCAAGGACGGCGUCACCGGCCUCACCUGCAACCGCUGCGCCAAGGGCUUCCAGCAGAGCCGCUCACCCAUCGCGCCCUGCAUAAAGAUCCCUGCCGCGCCGCCCCCCACAGCUGCCAGCAGCACAGAGGAGCCCGCAGACUGUGAUUCAUACUGCAAAGCCUCCAAGGGGAAGCUAAAGAUCAACAUGAAGAAGUACUGCAAGAAGGACUAUGCUGUGCAGAUCCACAUCCUGAAAGCGGAAAAAAAUGCCGACUGGUGGAAGUUCACCGUCAACAUCAUCUCCGUCUACAAACAAGGCAGCAACCGGCUGCGGCGCGGGGACCAGACCCUGUGGGUGCACGCCAAGGACAUCGCCUGCAAGUGCCCCAAGGUGAAGCCCAUGAAGAAGUACCUCCUGCUGGGCAGCACUGAGGACUCUCCAGACCAGAGCGGCAUCAUCGCGGAUAAGAGCAGCCUGGUGAUCCAAUGGCGGGACACAUGGGCACGGCGGCUGAGGAAGUUCCAGCAGAGGGAGAAGAAGGGGAAGUGUAGGAAGGCGUAGGGAGGAGAGGUGAUGGACUGAGAGCUGCUGGGGGUGGGUGGGGGGUGGGAGCGGGGGGCUCAUGGCGUGUUGUAUUGAGGAAAUGGUAACAAAAAUACAUGAAACCCAACGAUGGAACUGCAGAUGUGGCGAUAAAAGCGCCGGGUGGAGGAGGGGGUGUGGAGCAGUGGGGUGGAGGGGGGAGUGGGGGAACCCAGGGGCACUGAGAUGGCACCGAAUGGACAGCUGGACAUUGAAAGGACAGACAGCACUGUGCUGCUGCCAGGCACCAAACCUGCACCGAACCGACACUGAUGGCACCGGAGUGGCUCAGAACCGAUGUGGAGCUGACAACAAACAGGCACCAAACUGAUACCCAGCAUCAAACCAACGCUGAACCAGAACCAAACCAACAGUGAAACAACCCGACACCAAACUGCCAGUGCUGCACCCACACCAGGUAUCCAGGAGCACAGGGCGAUGCUGGAGGAGCCCUACCCAGAACAUGGACCCCAGCUUACAGCAGCAGCCCAGCACAGGAGCUGGCACAGCCAUCCUGGGCCCCUCGGUGCUGCAGUGGGUCCAGGGCAGGACAAGGUGCAGGCUGCACUCUCACCCCAUGGAAACACCCGACCAUGGCUGCCCCAUGACUUCCAUGGGCUCAUUCCUGUGCCAGGACAGCAAACGCAGCCCCCAGAACAAGGCCAGAUGCCGUGGCACUGCUCAGCCCCAUGGCACAGUCCCAUGGCACAUUAAGGGCUCCUGGGGUCCCUGGUCCAUGGCUGUGAGGGCAGCGCGGUACCUGGGGGGGAAGCAAACAUUCAGUCGCUACGCAAAGCAAAACCUCCCUGCUCUUUUUCCUUUCAGGAAACUUGGAAACAUCCAUUUUAUGACAUUUUCCAGCCGUUUUUGCCUUGUUUUAUAGCAAUCGACAAUAUUUAUGUAAUGACAUAAACCACCAUAAAGCGAGGCAGCCGUGUAAAUAGGUGCAAUGCAGAGGGCUCCAGGGCAGCAGCCGCCACAGAGGGAGGGAGGGGGGGAGGGAGGGAGCUCUGCGGAACCCCCAGCCCCAUAGGAAGGGGUCUGGAGGAAAAGCAGCCCCUCAGCCCAGCUCUACUCAUCCCCUCACCCAGCAUGGAGCUCAGUUUCCCCACUGCAGUGCCCAAUGUGAGCCAGCAGCCAUGCAUCCAAGGGGACUGUGACCACCAAGAAUCCAUCCCCAAGUCCUUUUCUGCCCUGCACAGCAGGAGAGUGAGCACAGGGCACACAAGGAUACCCACAGGGAUACCCUGUGCCCCCUGAGCACCUUCCCCAGCCCCCAGCACAGCCACAGUGCUCCUAGCUCUGCUCCACCACCAGCCAGCUCCCAUAUGGCUACCAGGGCUUGGUGGCCCUGGGGUUCCAGCCCCAUCCAUGGCCCUAUAAGCACGACUGGGGGAGCAACUGGUGCCACUGGUGUCACUGGUACAAUUCAUGCCCUUGGUGCAAACGGUGCCACUGCUGCCACUGGUGCCCAUCCCUUGGGACAUCCCCCAGCAUUGAGGUGCCCAUGGGUGCAGCCCUACCCUGCAUCCCCCACAGCCCCAGGAUCACCCCAGGGGAACCCACGGCCAUCACCCAGCAGGGCAAAGCUUCAACCCCAAACAUCACCAGCACGGCCAGAGCUCUGCCGUGUCACCAUUACACACCAAUCGCACACUCACCCCAUGAGCCUGGCACCCCUCGGGGCACCAACCCACAGCGCUGGGAUAUGGGGGACAACCCUGGGGGCAUCAGCAGAAGUUGGGAUGGGGCCGAGGAGCCGCACAGACACCAAAACCACCAUUAAAACCACCACCAAAACCACCACCACCACCUCCUGCAUCACAUCCGUCCCCGUGCAGCCGCCUCCUCUCGGUCCCGGAGCUGUCACAAACCUGUGUUCAUUUUUUUUUUAUUGUUUCAUUUUGAUUAUUUCUGUUAAUAUCUUGGAAUUGUAAAUGUUGUUUAGUUACGACCAUCGCAUACGGCUUUGGGCAACGUCUCUUUACGAUGCAUACUAAUAUAUUAUGGUUAUUAUAUAUGAAUAUAUUUAAUGACACGUGGAAAAAAAAAAAGAGAACAAAGUUGUGGAUUUUCUUCUUGUUUUUGUUACUGUCGGGGUUUCUUUAUUUUGGUCCCUUUUUGGGGGUUAUUUUUUUCUUCCUUCUUUAGACUGGCUGUAACUGAACCCAAAGGAGCCUGUAACUGCCCAUUGCCCACUGCUAGAACUGAAGUCAGAAACACAUUGAAUAAACUCUUACAAACCG